AUGACGGUUGCUGCGCGUAAGCACGUCAAUGAAGAGCCUGUGACGUCCGUCCUGCCUGGCGGCGACGUGCCCUUUGCUCAAGACGGUCAUGCUUUCAACGCGGAUGAAGAGGUGCUCGCUGCCUUGGGCUACAAGUCCGAGUUCAAGCGCGAGUUCUCGCUGUUCACGACGUUUUGCGUGAGUUUUGCGGUGCUUGGGUUGUUGCCGAGUUUUGCAAGUACACUGUACUAUGGCAUGGGAUAUGCAGGAACGGCUGGCAUGACUUGGGGCUGGGUUGUUGCCAUGGUAGGCAUCCAAGCCGUCGCGUGUAGCAUGGCGGAACUGUGUUCUUCCAUGCCAACCAGCGGAGGAUUGUACUAUGCGGCAGCUGUCCUCGCACCACCGAAAUGGGGCCCAUUCGCAGCAUGGAUAACAGGGUGGUCGAACUUCCUUGGGCAAGUCACGGCCGCGCCAUCAGUAAACUACGGCACAGCCGCCAUGAUCCUCGCCGCCGCCUCCAUCCAAAACCCCUCCUACGUACCGGAAGACUACCACACCUUCCUGCUCACCACCUUCAUCAUGCUAAUCCACGGCGUCAUGUCCUCCCUCCCUACGAAAAUGCUCGCCCGGAUCAAUACCAUAGGGUCCACUUUCAACAUCCUUGCCCUCAUCGUCGUGCUCAUCCUCAUUCCAGCCGGCACAGAUCGCACAGAACGCGGCCUCCCACGCUUCACGCCAUCCUCCGAAGUCUGGGGCGACAUCUACCCCGGCACGUCGUUCCCACCAGGUAUCUCAGUCCUCAUGUCCUUCGUUGCAGUCAUCUGGACGAUGAGCGGCUACGACUCGCCCUUCCAUCUCGCAGAAGAGUGCUCAAACGCCAACAUCGCCUCCCCGCGCGCCAUCGUGCUAACCUCCGCCGUGGGCGGCACAUUCGGAUGGUUUCUCCAGCUCAUCGUCGCAUACACCGUCGUCAGCAUCGACGACGUGCUCAAUAGCGACCUCGGCCAGCCCUUCGCCGCGUACCUCAUCCAAUGCAUGCCGCAGAAGAUGGUGCUAGCGAUCCUCUCGCUGACCAUCAUCGCGGGAUUCAGCAUGGGACAGGGCUGCAUGAUCGCCGCGUCUCGCGUGACGUUUGCGUACGCACGCGAUGAUUGUUUCCCGGGGAGCAAGUACUGGAAGCGCGUCAACCCGACGACGCAGACGCCCGUGAACGCCGUGUGGUUCAACUGCGUGAUCGGCAUCCUGAGUAUCCUGCUCAUCUUCGGGGGCAGCGUCUCCAUCGGCGCGCUGUUUUCCAUCGGGGCCAUCGCUGCGUUUGUGGCGUUCACGAUACCCAUUUUCAUCCGCGUCUUCUUUGUCGGCGACCGCUUCCGCGCUGGCCCCUGGAAUCUGGGCCGCUUCAGCUUGCCUAUCGGCGUGGUCGCUUCCGGCUUCGUCAUCCUUAUGGUGCCCAUCCUGUGCUUACCUAGUGUCACGGGGGGUGACUUGACGCUGGACUUGAUGAAUUGGACAUGCCUUGUGUACGGCGCCCUCAUGCUCCUGGUGCUCAUAUGGUGGUUCGUCAGUGCGCGCAAAUGGUUCAAAGGUCCGAAAGUCAACGUCGAGCAUUUGAUGCUGGGGCGCGAGCCAGGCGUGCUGGAGGGGGCAGAAAGCGAAGGCGAGGUGGGAACGCAAUUGACAGGCGUGGGGAGUCUAGACAAGGCUAAGAUUACUGGGGAGAACUAA